AUGAGAAAUCUGCUAUACUCAUGGCCUUCAUUGAUACUCACCAUGUCAUUAAUGUCACUCAGUUCGGAAGUGUCUGGCCAAUGUCUCAGCGACCAGCAAUCUUUGUUGCUCGAACUGAAGGAAAGCGUCUUGUCCUAUGCUCCUAAGUCGAAGAAGCUGAUGCAAUGGAAUCAGAGCUCAGAUUGCUGUUUUUGGGACGGUAUAACCUGCGACGAGAAGGGACGCGUGACGGGACUUAAUCUGAGCAGUGAAUGGAUAUCUCGAAGGAUUGACGAUUCUAGUCUCUUCAAUCUGAAAUAUCUCAGCGACCUGGAUUUGUCCUUUAACAACUUCAGCUCAGAGAUCCCGGCAAGGAUUGGUAACCUCACAAACCUGAAAUAUCUGAGUUUAUCAAAUGCUGGUUUUGGUGGCCAAAUUCCACAACAAAUAUCACAACUGUUUAAGUUGGUUAGUCUAGAUUUCUCCACUCUGCCAUUCUUGGAAAUUUCUUCACUGAAACUUGAGAACCCAAAUUUAAGCAUGCUAGUUCAGAAACUCUCCAGCCUUGAAGAACUGUAUCUUGAUGGGGUAAACAUAUCAGCACGUGGGAGUGAGUGGUGUGAACCCUUGGCAUCUUCCUUGCCUAAUCUGCGAGUGUUGAGCUUGUCCAACUGUUUUCUUUCUGGCCCUAUUGAUCAGUCGCUUGGAAAGCUUCAGUCUUUGUCGGCGAUUCACCUGGAUAAUAACAAUUUGUCUUCUCCAAUCCCAGGAUUCAUCACAAGCUUCUCAAACUUGACUUCCUUGCGUCUCAGUUCUUGUGGGUUGUAUGGAACUUUUCCCAGAGAGAUCUUCCAGGUACCAACACUACAAAUUAUUGAUUUAUCAAAUAAUCAGUUACUCCAUGGUUCGUUGCCUGAAUUUCCCGGAAAUAGCGCACUUCAGAGAGUGGAACUCAGUUCCACUAAUUUUUCAGGGAGAUUACCAUUAUCUAUUGGUAACGUUACAAACUUGUCUCUAUUACACCUUUCCAAUUGCCAGUUUAACGAAACGCUUCCAAGUUCUAUGGAGCAACUUUCUCAAAUUGUUAAUGUGGAUUUAUCAAAUAACAAGUUCAUCGGUCCAGUCCCAUUUUUUAAAAUGUCGAAGAACCUGACUCGAAGAGUUCUAUCUCACAAUAGUUUAUCUGGUGAAAUUACAUCGGGUCACUGGGAAGGCCUCGCGAAGCUUGUUGUUGUUGACUUGGGGGAUAAUCUUCUCAAUGGGAGCAUCCCUUCAUCUCUGUUUGCACUUCCAUCAUUGGAAAUGGUUCGUUUGUCCUACAACCAAUUUGUAGGUCAACUUCCUGAAUUUACGAAUGCCUCUUCCUCAUUACUGGACACCCUCGAUUUGAAUAGCAACAACCUAGAAGGGCCUAUUCCAUUGGGUAAUGAUCCUACUUGGUCUGCUUUUUCCACCGAGAUUAGCACAUUAAAUCUUGCUUCUUGCAGAUUGGGAAUAUUUCCUAACCUAAAGAACCAAGCAAAGCUUGUCUCUUUGGAUCUUUCAGAUAACCAAAUACAAGGGGAAGUACCUAAUUGGGUAUGGGAACUUGGGAAUGGUUUUCUUUUACAUUUAAAUCUUUCACAUAACAGCCUGACGAGCCUGCAAGAACCUUAUUCAGUUCCAUAUUCUCUGAAUGUCCUUGACCUACAUGCUAAUGAUCUCCAUGGAGAAAUCCCGAUUCUACCACCAUAUGCCGGUUACAUAGGUCUAUCUAGCAAUGCUUUCACUACUAUUCCAGCUGACUUUGGUAAGUAUCUUCCCUUUGCCUAUUUCAUCUCCCUUUCAAACAAUAGCCUGGCUGGAGUUAUACCUGAAUCCUUAUGCAAUGCAAGCUACAUUCAAGUUCUUGAUUUUUCCGACAACAAUUUAAGAGGCGCAAUCCCAAUUUGUAUGUCUGUAAUGAGCGAAACUCUUGGGGUACUGAAUCUAAGGAGAAACAACUUGACAGGUCGAAUUCCUGAUGCAUUUCCAAAGAUAUCUUCCUUGCGGGUUGUUGUUUUACGCUCCAACAAAUUUCAUGGUCCCAUUGGAUGCCUUAAUACCAUUGGAACUUGGACGAAGCUUCAAAUUAUUGACCUAGCUCACAACAAUUUUGAUGGUGAACUACCUGGAGAAGGCAUGAGAAAAUGGGAGGGAAUGGCAGUAGUAGGAGAUGAUGACAACUCAGAGCUCAAUCACAUACGAUUUCAGUUUCUAGAGUUCAGUCCACUAUAUUAUAAAGAUUCCAUAACAGUUACCCUUAAAGGUCUAGAGUUGAAGCUGCAAAAGAUCCUACAUGUCUUCACUUCCAUUGACCUUUCAUGCAACAAGUUUGUUGGAGCAAUACCAGAAGAACUAGGACUGCUGCAAGCACUCUAUUCCCUCAAUUUAUCCUACAAUGCUCUCACAGGAAAAAUCCCUUCAUCUGUUGGUAACUUGCGACAACUCGAGUCUUUAGACCUAUCGAGCAACUACCUUAAUGGAACUAUCCCAUUGUCGCUUGCAACCCUCAAUUUCCUGUCCUUCCUAGACCUCUGCUCUAAUCAGCUGGUCGGUAUGAUCCCCACAGGUAUGAUCCCCACAGGUACUCAGAUUCAGACAUUUCCAGCUGAUCAUUUCGAAGGAAAUGAAGGACUAUGUGGACCUCCAUUGGUAGUAAGUUGCAGCAGCAGUUCCAGCGAGCCAACAAACUUUGUAGCAAAAGCUGCCUCGGGAAUUGACUGGAACAUGAUUGCUGCCAAGAUUGGAUUCAUCGUCGGGUUCGGAAGCAUUAUUGGCCCGCUAUUGUUUCUCCAGAGAUUCAGGAGAUGGUACUACCAAUGCAUUGAUGACAUUACUUUCAGACCUUCCCCCAGGAAUGCAAAAGGAUUUGGUUCAUGUAGAGAGAUGUGUUUACAUGAAUUGAAGAGAUAUUUGCCUCUUAUCAUUUAG